UCGUGCACUCUUCUGAGCGACAUUACACUUUGAGCUGCUCUCACUCUGGUGGGACUCGUGUCAAUUACACCAGAUGUGAACCACCUGCUCCGCCUGCCGAGUCUCAGCGAACAAAGAUGGAGACUUACACUUCAACUUCUGUCUGGGUGACAUUUAUUUCUUUACCUCUGCUUCUUUUGAAAUGCAACGCCCACGCUGCUUCAGAACAAUCUCAAGCAACAGCCUAUUACACCAUGAGUAAUAAUAACACGCUGCUCUGCCUCGAUGGGUUCAUGUCUGUUUACAUAUCAAAGGGGCAAUUCGCUGAUCUUCCUCACGCCAUUUACGUCAGAGAUGAACACAGUGGAUAUUACCAAGCCAUCGCAAUAACAAAACAGUGCCACUACUUCCUGGGUGAAAGUGACACCUUCAUGAUCUUUACAGUUGGUUCCCAUGGCUGUUUUGUGAAAAGACAAAAAUACAUCACUAGUCUGACGGUUGUUAUCAUGGCACUUGAAGAUAGAGGAAGAUUUGGGAUUGUUGAGUCAAUACCUCUCAGGUGCGAAUGGGGAAUUAAAGAGGCAAACAAAGAGCGUGAUCCACCAGUGCAGGGACAGCUGUUCUGCAGCAAGGAUGGGUUUAACUUCACCAUCACCCAGAAUGCCACAGUCCCACCUCUGAACCUAAAUGCACUCUGGAUCCCCUCCGGUCAAAGCCACAUCUGUGAACCCAGAAAAAGAUCCAGAGAUGCUGUGACUUUCCACUUUCCAUUCACUGAUUGCGGCGCUCAGUCGACGGUGGAAGAAGGAGUUAUAACUUACUGGGUCAACAUGGAGGCGAAACAGCGUCCACAGAGAGGCCCUAUAUUUCGUGACACUCCUUUCAAUCUCACUGUGAGUUGUAGCUUUGCGCUGGUCAAAAUGACACAAGCAAGGAUCAAAGUUCAAGGAGUACAAUCUGAGUACUCAUCAACUUUGAGAAACACAGGGAUACUCAGGACUGAAAUGAGAUUUGCCAAAGAUCCUUCUUACAGCUCUUUCUACUCCCCUCGAGACCCUCCGGCAGUGAUUGAGCUCGGCCGGCCUGUGUACGUGGAGGUUUCUCUUCUGAAACAUAAGGACAAGGACCUGGUGCUGCUGCUGGACGACUGCUGGGCCACACCAACGGAAAACCUGCAUGACCCGCAACGCUGGAACCUGCUUGUCAACGGGUGUCCUUUCAAUGGUGAUAGUCACAGAACCGUUGUGUUGCCAGUCGUCCCCAGUAAGACACUGACGUAUCCCUCACUUCACAAAUGGUUUGUGGUCAGAAUGUUCUCAUUUGUGAAGCCCCCAACAUCUGAAAACCAGGUAUAUUUCCACUGCUAUAUAGAGAUCUGUAAAAGACCAGGCUGCUUACAGUCCUGCAGCAAUGAAACGCGUAAACUAAGAAGAAUCACACCAGAGCGAGGACAGAGGAUUCUUCACAGUCUGGUCUCCGGUGGACCUCUUCUUUAUUGACUUUAAAUAUCCAGAAGAAAAAAAUCUGAAGUCAUAUUUGGAGGCCCCAAGAUGUAAAACAGACAUGUCCUUGAUUUGUUA